AUGAAUCAACCUGAUUUCUCUGUUUGUGGUAAGGGUUUGGCCUCUGCUUCAGGGGUUAAGAGACCCUCCUUCCAGUAUCAUCAGGCUGUUAUUGGUGGUUCUUUGAGAUCUACCUUGAAGAGGGCUCGAGCUGGGGAUAGUGAGGAUAGUUCUUCUGCUGCAACUUCAGACCCUGAACAGGCGGAUUGUAUUAUAACUAUCUCUGAUAAUGAAACUUUCCAUUUCACUGGUUUUUAUGGUUCUCCUGAUGCUUCUAAACGUAUGUUUACUUGGGAAUUGCUUGACAAGCUCUAUUAUAAUGCUCCAACUCUUCCUUGGCUUAUUAUGGGGGACUUUAAUAGCUAUCUUUUUCAUAGUGAUAAAUAUGGUAGUACUCGUUUUAAUGCUGUUAAUAUGGAUACUUUUUCUAAGUUUCUAAAUAAAUUCCACCUAUUUCCUCUUCCAUUUAUAGGAAAUAAAUAUACUUGGACCAAUAAUACUAUUUUUGAGAGACUUGAUUGGGCCAUUGUUUCAGACUCUUGGUGUAAUUUAUUCCCUUCUGCUGCCCUUCAUCACUUACCCUACUAUGGCUCUGAUCAUCGUGCUUUGAAAGUGAUGGUCACUCAGAAUGUCCCUAAUCAUCAUCCUCAUAGUAUUAAACGAUUUCAUUUUGAAAAUGUAUGGCUUGAGAACCCUGAUUUCUAUACCACUCUCAAUAAUGCCUGGGGUUCCAGUUCUCAUAAUGUGUCCACUGUAGGAGCUUACUCUAGGUUCCUUCAUUCCCAAAAAGCUUCUAUCACUUCCCUUACUUCUUGGGGUAGGUCUGUUGGGAAUUCCUUUAAGCCUAGGAUUGCUUAUCUUCAAAAAGAAAUUGAGAGGCUCCAAUCCAUUCAUCCUAGGGACAGUGAUACACUUUCUCACAUUAAACAUAUUCAAUCACAGCUUGAUGCUCUUUUGUAUAGGGAGGAGGUUUAUUGGCGUCAAAGGGCUAGGGUUAAUUGGCUUAGGGCUGGGGAUAGGAAUACAACUGUGGAGGAUAUGAGUAAUUUUGUUCUCUCGUAUUUUGAGGAUCUUUUUCAUUGUGAUGGUUGUGAUACGGAGGCUGUUAAUCAUAUCCUUGAUUGCCUUGGUUUCCCUUUUGAGGAUUUGGAGAUUGAUUUCUUGAAUCAGCCUUUUAUGUUUGAUGAAGUCCAAAAAGCUGUGUUUCAGCUUUCGGGUGAUAAGGCCCCUGGUCUGGAUGGUCUUAAUGCCUAUUUUUAUCAAAGGAAUUGGGACACUGUAGGUGUGGAUCUUAUUAAUGCAGUAUUGGAUUGUUUGAAUAAUGGGGCUGAUUUUUCUGAAGUUAACGGCACUUUAAUUGUACUUAUUCCUAAAAAAAGAGGGCUAAUUUUAGACCAAUUAGCCUUUGUUCAACCUUCUAUAAAAGUUAUAUUUGAUAAUAUUUUGAUUGCACAAGAGGUAGUCCAUGCUAUUAAUACUAGGAAACAUGGUAAAAGUGGAUGGGCUGCAUUAAAGCUUGAUAUGGCUAAGGCUUUUGACAGGGUCAAUUGGCACUAUUUAGAAAGUGUAAUGCUUCAUUUCAAUUUCCCUGUCUCCUUUGUUUCCUUGAUUAUGAAAUGUGUGACCACCUCCAGCCUCUCAUUUUUGGUUAAUGGGCUAUCUUCCCUUCUAUGUGCUCAUCAAUGUUCUGGUUCUCUUAAGGGGAUAUCUAUUUCUAGGAGGGCUCCUUCUAUUUCCCAUCUUCUAUUUGCUGAUGAUAGCCUUAUUUUUUGUUCUACUGAUAGGGAUUCUUGUAGCUCUCUUAGGAAUAUUUUUCAUCUUUAUUCUAUAGCUUCCAGGUCUAAAUAUCAUUCCUUUGCCUUCCUUAAGGAUAGAGUUCUGUCUGUACUUCCUAGUUGGUCAGGCUUCCUGUUAAAUUGUGUAAAGGAAUUGAAGCUGCGAUGGCUAGAUUCUGGUGGGGAUCUUCUGGCUAUGCUUGAGAAGCAAGCUUGGAAAAUUUUAAAACAACCUAACUCUUUGUUGUGUCGUGUGCUUAAAGCUAGAUAUUUCCCAAAUUCUUCUAUAUUGGAAGCUGUCCCAGGUCAUAACCCUUCUUAUGCUUGGAGGAGCAUCCUUUGGGGAAGAGAUUUGAUGGCUUCGGGUUUAAUUUGGAAGAUUGGGGAUGGGGAAAACAUUUUAACCAUUGAUGAUCAUUGGAUCCCCAAUAAGAAAUAUCUUUGUUAUAAAGAUGGUAUUUUGCCUCCUUCAACUAAGCUUUCUUUUUUCAUUUCAGAUUCUGGGUAUUGGGAUUCUACUAAGCUUAGGAAUCAUUUUUAUGAGUCUGAUAUUCAGGAUAUCCUUGAAGUCCCAAUCACUGGUUUUUCUGGCAAAGAUGAUAUUAUUUGGUCUAGAGAAAGUUCUGGUCUUUUCACUGUUAAGUCUGCUUAUCAUUUGGCUCUCUCUACUCAGGAUAUCCCAUCCUCAUCAUCUGCUGUGAAUUCUAGGAAGUUUUGGAAUAAAAUUUGGCAUUCUCAAGCCCCUCCAAAAAUUAAACACUUUAUGUGGAGAGUUGUGUCUCAUACUAUUCCUGUUGCUUCCAAUCUUUUUGUUAGGCAUAUUCUCUAUUCCCCACUUUGUUCUUUUUGUAAGAGUAGUCUAGAAACGGUUCAUCAUGCUCUGCUAGGGUGUUCCAGAUUGAGAAAGGCUUGGAAAUCAUCAAGGUUUUUGGAUCAUUAUCAUAAAUAUAAACAUCUUGAUAUUACUGAUUUUUUGCUGUGUUCUUUUGAGGCUCUGGAUAAGGAUUAUAUUAGUAUUUUGUUUUGCUUUUUGUGGGCCUUGUGGAAUCAAAGAAAUAAUUAUAUACAUCAUCAUACUGUUAUGCCUGCUGCUGAUAUCUUUGAUUGGAGUGUUAAUUAUUUUUUCCAGUACAUUGAUGCACAGAAAAAUAUUCAGACUUGUAGUGUUGCAGCACAGGCUCCUAGCAUGGUCUCGGAUGGUGUUUCUGGGUCUUCUUUGCAGGUGUAUACUGAUGCUGCCAUUGACAAUUGUGGUCAAAGGCAUAGCUUUGGUAUUGUGGUUGUUGAUAAUUCUGGACUUAUGAAAGCUGGUGUUGUAAAGCCUUGUAUUGGAGGUAUCCCUGCAAUCAUAGCUGAAGCAAAGGCAAUUUAUCAUGCUCUUCAGUGGGUUCAAUUGCUUCACCUUCCAGUGGACAUUUUGAAGACUGAUUGUAAAACUAUAGUGGAUAAACUAAAUUCUUGUAAUUGGAAUGCUAGUCCUCUGGAUGAUAUUUUAAUGGGGAUUAAGAACUUGUUAUCUUUCAGUCCUAAUCUUAGAAUUGAACAUGUGUAUAGGGAUUCUAGUCAAUUAGCUCAUUGGGCUGCAAAACUAGGAUUAGGAUUAGAUAAUGAGUUAGUUUGGAAUGGUUCUUUACCAUCCCUUUAA